AGAAUAAACAUGAAUAAAAAAUACAUACAUUUGAUGUAAGAAAAUAAAUUAAUUUAAUCAUUAUUAAUGCAUAUACAAGUUAACAUCACAUAAAUCAAAGCUUUAUUUCAAUUUAUUGUUGUAACAAAUGAUCCUGUAUCUACAGGCGUUGAACCCCACACCCUACUGCCAUCUCGCAGCUGACCACCGUCGCCACCUUCGUGAUUUUAACGAGUGUGCUCAUCUGUCCCUGUAACAGUCAAACAAGAUUCAAGUGACCUCUGUGAUUUGUGCUCAAUACUGCAUUUAAAUGUGGAGGUAGUUGCACAUGUGUUAACUCGCUGUUUAUUCAACUAAAAUUUUCCUGAAUUCAUGACAGUACUAAUGGACAAAUAAAAUAUAUACAUUAUGUUUAGUUACUUAAGUAAAUAUGUUUAUUUACAUUACUUAUAUGUGUCUAUGCAAGCAGUGAGCAAUGCUUUGUACCACAUAUGAACAGACAUAAGCUCCAUUACUGUGAUAGUGUAUUUCAUGUUUAGACUGUAAAUCGUAUUAUAUUGUAUUGUCAUUGUGUUAAAUGUCUGUACUAGAAGCUUCCAACACCAAAGAAAAUUCCUUGUGUGUGCAAGCACACUUGGCAAUAAAGCUCUUCUGAUUCUGAUUCUGAUGUUGUGAUGUGCUCAUUUGCAAUACUUCUCGAGAAAUGACAGGUCACAUGUUACACAGACAUUAAAAAGCGUCUGUAACAUGGGUAUGGUUUUAAUAUAUAUAACGUUAAGUCUACUUCGAAGACGCGUGUGUGCGUGGAGCUCCCCUUUAUGCUAUACAUAUUAAAACACUGCAUUUUCACAGCAAAAUCAAAAACUUUUUAGCAUCGUACAGGUUAACCUUACGCUACAGCACUUUAACAAAUGCAACUGCAACGCCAAGAGAAGCGUUGUUGGCUAGUAAUACUCACAUUUGAAAACACCUGCCUCGCAGUUUUCCGCUAUGCUCCUGUAUGAACUUAUCCUGUCCCGUGGGCUCAUGGGAUAGAUAAGUAUCCCAAGUAUCUGUCGCUGGGUGCUUCAGAAUGUGGGCGUAACCAGUAAGCCAUCCGGGAAUUUCUCACCUACUCUUUUAUGAAUACUGAGGUUUGGGACAUACUAUAUUGUUUUCACAUACUAUAUAGUAGGUAAGUAUACAGUUUCGGACGCCACAGUAAUAUACACGUUCAAAUCUCGCGAGAAAUAGUGCACCAGGCGUAAAUUUCUCGCCUACUGUUUUAUGAAUACUGAGGUUUGGGACAUACUACUCUUUCGCCUACUGCUUUUUGCCUACUACAUAGUAUGACAGUAUGCGGUUUGGGACGCAGCAUCUCUCUCCUGCCUUCUGUUUGUUUGUUUUUUAUGUCGGACGUUUACACAGUUGGCUAGGGCAGUGCUGAUUAGGCAUAACGGAGGUGCGCUCACUCAGUUGAUUAGCAAGAAUGCCACUCAAAGCGGGCUUGGAACAGAUGCGUUUCCUAUUUUUCACAUCGCAGCCUCUUGCGAUUAGCAAAUCGCAACGUCUCACAUCGCGAUUGCGAUUCGAUUUCGAUUAAUCGUUCAGCCCUACUGCUCAAUCUAAAAUCACUACAUGAUUAGGUCAUUUAUAACGUACAUUUGAAAAAGCAACACUCGUCAAACAUCAUCAUUAUAAAUAUACUUUUAUUAUCAUGAAAAUACCUGAAAAGGUUUGAAGAACAGCGAUAGAAUAUGACCACUGGCUUUUCCUUGAACUACGUGUGUAAAUCAUUCUUCUGUGUCCCUUAUUCUGUGUUUCUGCACGAAAACGCCCUCUGGCUUUCGAAUGUGGCGGCAAUUAACCGUAAUUCAUUAAGAAACGGAGCAUAAAAAAUACACAAUAUAUCGUCCCAGCCCUACUAAAUAAUCUUAAUAUGAAUGCCAUGCCUUGAUGAAAAGUCUCAUUCAUGUCCAGUUCCAUUUGUUUCAUCAUGAAACAUCUGAAUCAAGGCUUCAUCGUAGUUUUUUCAGAUAACUCUAAUGUGUUUUUACUUUGAUGUUUCAACAGCUAAAUAUCCAGAGAUCAAGUCCCUGAUGGGGCCUGACCCCAGGCUGAAAUGGAUAGUCUCUACGAUGGUUGCUGUCCAGUUUUUGGCCUUCUACUUGGUGAAAGACCUGCCCUGGAAAUGGGUGUUUUUCUGGACAUAUGUAUUUGGAAGUUGCUUAAACCAUUCAAUGACUCUAGCUAUUCACGAAAUCUCUCACAACACUGCUUUUGGUAACAACCGUGCAAAAUGGAACCGCUGGUUUGCAAUUUUCGCCAAUCUUCCUGUCGGGUUGCCCUACUCUGCAUCCUUUAAGCGCUACCAUCUGGACCACCAUCGCUACUUGGGUGGAGAUGGUGUGGAUGUUGACAUACCCACCGAUUUUGAGGGCUGGUUCUUUUGCAAUCGUUUCCGCAAACUUAUCUGGAUUAUGUUUCAGCCACUGUUCUACGCCGUCCGUCCGUUGUGCAUCAACCCAAAACCCAUAAGUCAACUGGAGCUGAUUAAUGUUGCUAUACAGCUCACCUUUAAUGCCCUGCUCUAUUGGAUCUGGGGAGUUAAGCCUGUGGUCUACAUGAUGAUGGGGUCAAUGUUAGGGAUGGGUCUUCAUCCCAUUUCAGGACACUUCAUUGCAGAGCACUAUAUGUUCCUCAAAGGCCAUGAGACAUAUUCCUAUUAUGGAUCACUCAACCUGCUCACAUUUAAUGUUGGCUACCACAAUGAGCACCAUGAUUUCCCCAGCAUUCCAGGAUGCCGACUACCAAUGGUGAAGAAAAUAGCAGCAGAAUACUACAAAGAUCUUCCGUGUUACACAUCAUGGGUGAAGGUUUUGUAUGACUUCAUCAUGGACGAUGACCUUAGCCCGUAUUCACGUGUGAAGAGAAGACUCACCGGAGAUGUGAAACUAGAGUAACACACUUAUCACUAGAGACCAUUUCUGCUCACCCACACCAAACUGCUGAUCGUUUUAUAUGCUAACUUGAGUGUGAAACAAUAUACACAGACAUUUUUGAUUUUCACCCUCAGUGAUAGAAAAAACUUUGUUUUUAGAAAAUUUGCUAAUGAAUUUUAAUUCUAAACCAAAAUGUCUAAGAUAUUUUGUUCUAUUUCACAUGGGUCCAAACUAAAGAUCUGUUUCUUUAUUGCUUAAAUUGUGCAUGUUUUAACUCUUUUUUUUUUUAGAUUCUAUGAUAAUAUUUGCCUCAUUUUGGAGUCUUUAAAAUGACAAAUGUAAAGAUUGGAGAAUGUUACCUUGUUUUUGGCUUACAAGCGAGUCAGGCUAAUCUGUCUGCUCUCCUGCCAUGCAGAGAGAGAGUAUAAAGUUCUAUAAAGCAGGCGUGUCUAAUUCUACUGUCUGCAAAACUGAAUUUGCAUCUUAAUCCUACAGACCUGGCUACAAUCCUUUCAAGUUUUUGAAAGUUUUUUUAUGGCUUCACCAUAUCCCUUUAUUUCAUAAAAAAACGGCAUACUUUGGUUAGCAAUGAAGUUAAGUACUGAGUAUGUAUUUUGUAUGUCACAUGUAUGAACAAAAAAUGCCUUAAUAAAUUCGAGAUGGUUUAAUGUUGUUGUGAUUUUGAUUUUGGGAUGUUUUUAAUGUUACCCUGAACAUUAAAAAAGCAGCUAUAUUGCCAGUCAAAAGUUAAUUUUACGUUUAUCCAAAUUUUAUAAUAUACGUUUUCAAAACUACACUAUAGAUGGUUUUAUCGGUCGCACACGCAUAGCCCGAACUGGAACAUAGGCACACAGUUUUUUGCUGAAAUUAAAGGCAGUUGGACUCGACAGUGAUCCUUACGACUUAUGAGAACCAGUGAUGCAUGAAAUGGGUUUUCAUAUUGAGUUUUGAAAGAUUUACAGUAGUGUUCUAAAUGUUUUACAGUUGACUAUUUAGAAUGUUGAGGAAAUGGGGGCUCUGCUCUUUGUCCACACUGUGUUUAUAGGCAUGUUCGAGUUGAACUACACUAGUAUGCCAUCGGAUUGCAAGAUCUGCCGGUUGUAGGCGGAGGAGGAGUAAAGAGACGGUUGGAGUCGGACACUUCUCAUACGAUGCUGAACUUUCGGCAUACCACAGGAUUUUGUUUUCUUUAUCACUGAUGAAGUGAAUAUGAUAGAAAAAAAUGGAUUUCCGUAAGCGUAAAUUUGGCAGGAAGUCACUUCCAUAAUAUUCAUGCAACACAAAAUGAUAAAUGACAAGGUAAACUCGAGUGAAUAGAAAAAUCUGAGUUGUGUCAACUACUGUUAACACAUUUCAAGUACAAUGAACUUUUACAAAUUAUAAAUGCUGUGAGUGUGAUGGUCCUGAUGUAGGACACACACAGCCAUAAAUGAACAAUGAACUGAAAAUGAAGUAAAAGUUCACUGAUUUAAGAACAAGAUUUAAUUUACCAUGUGCUAAAUCAGACUAAUUUUAUAGAAGGAGUAGGUAACGUGUUUAAUGUAAAAACUUUAGUGUAUAUCUAAAACUAUAUAAUGGAUCUGUGACUGUGUAAUAAAACCAGCCCUGGGUAAAUAAAUGUGUGGUACCUGUGCCCAGGGUUUGUGGAAUAGACUGAUCCAGAGGCAAAGGAUAAACACGACGUGCAAGUGUUAAAUGGGAAAUCUAGGGAAAUUGGAAUAGUCCAAUGGUGUUGUGUGUAUGGGAAAUGUGUAAUAAUGUGGAGUAUUGAUUACUGAUCAGCUUUAUAGUAUAAGUAAAUGUUUAUUUGUCUUUCCUAACACUCCUUUUUGGUUUAAAGGUUUGUUUAGUGGGUUAUUUCGACUAGGGAAAUGAUUUUAUUGUUAUACGUUGUGUAAUUGUAAUUGUGUAGUACAUGGUGGUUUUUGGCUUGCUGCUUAUUGUCCUCUGGAAAAGAGGCUUUUUUGGAAUGCUAUUUUUUGUACCUUGUUGUAAUUUAAGUUGGAUUUUUUUAUUCUUUAUGCUGACCUGCUGACCAACUUUAUGGAGAUGCAGAUUUCAUUUUCCAACAGGACUUGGCACCUGCACACAGUGCCAAAGCUACCAGUACCUGGUUUAAGGACCAUGGUAUCCCUGUUCUUAAUUGGCCAGCAAACUCGCCUGACCUUAACCCCAUAGAACAUCUAUGGGGUAUUGUGAAGAGGAAGAUGCGAUAUGGCAGACCCAACAAUGCAGAAGAGCUGAAGGCCACUAUCAGAGCAACCUGGGCUCACAUAACACCUGAGCAGUGCCACAGACUGAUCGACUCCAUGCCACGCCGCAUUGGUGCAGUAAUUCAGGCAAAAGGAGCCCCAACUAAGUAUUGAGUGCUGUACAUGCUAAUACUUUUCAUGUUCAUACUUUUCAGUUGGCCAAAAUUUC